CCAUACUCCGGAGCCUCUCCCCUUUCCAAAUCACCUCCAUCAGCGCCGACAAUGCCCCUCGUCGACCCAGUAACAAUGCCGUCCACAAUCGCAAAGGGCGUCACCGCCCAAGCGCAAGCGACUUCCUCGAGAACCACAUCUACUCCGCCAUUAGCAACCUACGCCCUGUACCCCGUACAGAUUAAACAAACCCCCCUGGCCCAAGCCGCGCGAUACGCCCUACCAGCCUUGCUAGCAGGCAUCUUUGCAGUGCGCUUCCGCGCCCUCGUCGCCGAUCCCGUCUCGACAAUGUCCACCACCCUUCCACUGACCGCCGCGCUGCAGGUUGCCUACGCAGUCCUCUGUCUGCCCGUGGCUGGGUCGCAGGGCGGCGGUGGUGCAAAGGGCGCGCGGAAACACAAGGCGAGGCCCGGGGAGGGCGGUCCGGGUUCGAAGAAGCGUCCUGAGGGGACAGGCCCGAGUGCCGUUGUUACCUCGCUGCUCUCUCUCCUGCUCUCGCUCCUAAUCACGCCCUUCCUUUACGCCGCCAUGGUCCUGUUCGGCGCGCCCUUCCUCACUCACGGCGCGCACACCCUGCUCUGCGCCGCGCACCUCGCCGUGCUGGCGCUGUUUCCGCUGUUCUACAUACAUGGCGUCGACGGGGCGGCAUGGGCGGCCGUCGGCAGCUUCAGCGCGCCGCUGGAUGAGACGUUUGGCGGGCUGGUCGGCGGCGUGGUGGGGGCUUGGCUUGGGGCCGUACCGAUCCCGCUGGACUGGGACCGCGACUGGCAGAGCCCAAUAACGGGCAACACGACCAUGCAACCUCCCACCGCGGCCGCGUCGCCCGCACAACCGCCCGACCAAUCGCCUGCUCAUUAUCAAGAGAAGGCCCCCAGCAACUACAAAGGCUUCGUAGCCGGCGUCUUCUCCGGGAUAGCCAAGCUCGCCGUCGGCCACCCCUUCGACACAAUCAAAGUCCGCCUCCAAACAACCACCUCAACGCGCUUCUCCGGGCCGCUAGCAUGCCUAACCCAGACGCUACGCAACGAAGGGCUCGUCGGCUUGUACAAGGGCGCCACCCCUCCCUUAGUCGGCUGGAUGUUCAUGGACAGCGUCAUGCUCGGCUCGCUGUCCGUCUACCGCCGGCUGCUCCACGAGAACCUAUUCAACCCGCCCUGGCACCCGCUGCACGACCCAACCACCCCGCUCCCCGCGCACGGCCACGGCCUGGCGGGCAUCCUGGCCGGCGCGACCGUGAGUUUCGUGGCGGCGCCCGUGGAGCAUGUGAAAGCGCGGCUGCAGAUCCAGUAUGCCGCGAAGAAGAGCGAGCGGUUGUACAGCGGGCCGGUGGACUGUGUGCGCAAGGUAUGGAGACACCAUGGGAUUGGGGGGGUGUACCACGGGUUGCAGGCGACCUUGUUGUUCAGGAGCUUCUUCUUUUUCUGGUGGGGGAGCUAUGACUUGUUUUCGCGGUGGAUGAGGCAGCAUACGAGCCUGAGCGCGCCGGCCAUCAAUUUCUGGGCGGGCGGGCUGAGCGCCCAGGUGUUUUGGGUCUUUAGCUACCCGAGCGAUGUGGUCAAGCAGCGGAUCAUGACGGAUCCCCUAGGAGGCGGUCUGAAUGACGGGGUGAGGAGGUUCCCCAGGUGGAAGGACGCUGCCAAGGCGGUUUACCGCGAGAGCGGUGCCAUGGGGUACUGGCGCGGAUUCCUGCCUUGCUUUCUCAGGGCGUUCCCUGCGAACGCCAUGGCGCUGGUUGCGUUUGAGGCGGCGAUGCGGGCGUUGCCGGGAUGA